GUAGCCAAGAUGGCGGGCGUGGAGGCGCGGCUGCCGGUGUCCCGCGCGCGCCUGGCGCCGAGCGUGGCCCGUGGGGCGGGCGAGGGCGGCAGGGACCUGGUGGCCCCGGGGGACACCAUCACCACAGACCCCGGAUACAUGCGGGGCCAUGGUACCUACAUGGGCAACGAGAAGCUCGUGGCCUCCGUGGCUGGUGUGGUGGACAGGGUGAACAAACUCGUCUGUGUGAAAGCUUUGAAGACAAGGUAUAACGGUGAAGUUGGCGAUAUUGUGGUUGGGCGAAUCACGGAGGUGCAGCAGAAACGAUGGAAAGUUGAAACGAAUUCCAGGCUAGAUUCAGUCUUGCUUCUUUCCUCUAUGAAUCUUCCUGGGGGGGAGCUGAGGCGAAGGUCGGCAGAGGAUGAGCUCGCCAUGAGAGACUACCUGCAAGAGGGAGACCUCAUCAGCGCAGAGGUCCAGGCAGUUUUCUCAGAUGGGGCGGUAUCGCUGCAUACCCGGAGUCUGAAAUAUGGGAAGCUCGGCCAGGGAGUGCUGGUCCAGGUCUCCCCAUCCAUUGUGAAGCGGCAGAAGACUCACUUCCACGACUUGCCGUGCGGGGCCUCCAUCAUCCUUGGCAACAAUGGGUUCAUCUGGAUCUACCCAACUCCUGAACAGAAGGACGAAGAGGCCGGAGGCUUCAUCACCAAUCUGGAGCCAGUGCCCUUGCCUGACCGGGAAGUGAUCUCCCGCCUCCGCAACUGCAUCGUGGCUCUGGUUGCGCAGAAGCUGAUGCUCUACGACACCAGCAUCCUGUACUGCUACGAGGCAUCCUUGUCUCAUCAGAUCAAGGACCUUCUGAAGCCAGAGGUGAUGGAGGAGAUAGUGCUUCAGACUCGGCAAAGGCUUCUGGAACUAGAGGGAUGAUUACAGAGGGGGAGGCGGGGAGUG